AUGCUUGCGCAACAAUUAGUCAUUGAGCGAUUUAAAGAAGAAGGUGGGGGGCCUGCUCAGACAAAGUCUUCACCCAACCUCCAGCCGGAGACGUCCGCACCUCCUCCCCCAGUGCCGAAGUUUGCACCCAACGCCAGGCCGGGGACGUCCGCACCUCCUCCCCCAGUGCCGAAGUCUGCACGUCCUCCCCCAGUGCCGGCGCUCCCAAAUACCAACGUCCGAAAGGGCGGGGUCGACAAGGCGUGGUUGGCAAAUUAUGGUGAGUACCUCAGGGGUGGCGCUAAAGGAACGCCUCCGUCGAGCCAUCCAUUCGUUCCUCCGUCGCAGCCGGCGGGGCAGGAGGAUAGGAAGUCACCGUCACCCGAGCCAAACCCGUAUCGGAUCAACCUGCGAGCGUUGCUUGAGGAGCUUGACUGA